UCAUAAAGGAUUAGGUUGCAUGCAUAAGUUCCCUGAUGAAUUUGUUUACAAGAUGAGAUGGCAAAUGAAACGCUUUCGACUAACAAAACUGCUAAAGUUAUGUUCCUGUUAGGAGAAAUAUCAACAUCGGGAGUCAAAGCAGGGACAUCCACACAAUGUACGAAACAGAAAAACAAGGAUAGAAAACGGAAAAGAGUGGAUAUGGGAUAUUUCAUAGAUGGCAUAAGGGUAUGCAGAGACGCAUUUUUGUUUAUUCAUAUGACCAGUGAUAAGUUUUUUACAAAACUUGUCAAGCACUACAUCGAAAAUGGCGUAGAGAUGAUUGAGGAAUUUGGCUGUCAUGGACAAAAUAACAUCAGGCGGUUUUCAAGAGAGGAUACUGAGAGGGCUAUGACUUUCCUUGUCAAGUACGCAGAAGACAAAUCGCUCUGCAUUCCCGGCAGGAUUCCUGGAAUCAAAAGCGCAGACCCUGUUUACUUUCUGACGGCAAGGAAGUGUGGUAUCUUUGGCGUACAUUGUGAAGGCCUUUCACAGCAAGUUAAUUUUUUGGUUGACGAAGGAAUGGACCAUGGAAAGGGCCCUAAUUCC